AGACCAAAUAUAGUCUCAAAUUUGGGUUUAGUCUGGUAUAUGAUCUUUAGUCUGUUCGACUGUGUCACGUAUCUGGACCAUAUAUUUGGGUUUAGUCGUCGAUUGCAGUUGCUCUUAGUCACACAGGAAAGGGAACCCUUGUUCGGUACUCUCUCUCUCUGUAAAAGCAGCUCUAUUGGAAAAGAGAGUCUGAGUUAAAUGGCUGAAUCAACAGAUAAUGAUAUAAGAAGUAAACUAAGCAAGCAUUAAUCCUCUACUUGGAAGGUUUCAGAGAAGCUUGCUGUCUUCAUAGGGUCAUCUUUUUCUGUUUUAGGUCGAAGAAGCUUUCGAUUCAAACUGCACAGUGUUUUAUAUUGAAUGGUUUUAUCUUCUUAGGAAGCAUAUUUAUUCUAAAGUCACUGGUAAUCCAACACUGUAAUGGAUAUUACCUAACCAAUGUCAACAAUUUGGUACUCAAGAUUCAUGUUCCUUUGGAGGGAUUUUGAAAUUCUAUUCCUAUAUGCCUGGUGGACUUGUACAGCUUUUCUAUGUACGUAUGCGAUGCUAUGGUUUUAUCCUCUUUAUGUUCUCAGCAUUCUACUGAGUAAUAUCUGGUACACUGACAUUGCUAAGAAUGCUUAUGCUGCCAUGGGAAGGGCAGAGCCAUCAAGCAAAAAGGAGAUGGGUGAUGCACAAAAUAAGCCGGCUGGAGUUGGGGGGUUUAUGAUUGGAUUUGGAGAACAUGUCUUCUCUAUACUUUUGCUGGGCUUCUUUUUUCUAGAGGUCUAUGCCGUGGGUUACAUACCAUAUGUUGGAAAGAUGCUCAGUUUCUUACUUCUUUCAUGGAUGUAUGCAUAUUAUUGUUUUGAGUACAAAUGGAGUCUGGCUGAAGUGAGCUUGGAGAAAAGGCUAGACUUUUUUGAAUCAAACUGGGCCUUUUUUGCAGGGUUUGGAAGCCCAUGUGUUCUUCCAAUUUUCUUUUAUUCUCGUCUUGUGGGCAGCGGAGUCCUGGCGAUACUCUUUCCUUUGUUUGUAUUGACAGCAACAGGCUCUGAAGCAGAUCAAGGUAUAAACUGUCAAAGAAAGAAGUGGAUGGGUGUCGGGCUAGGAAGGCUUCCAAUAUUCUAUGCAGCUGAUAUAUUAUCGAUGUGGGCGUUGUCCUAUUUUCGCUCGGCACCUCAGGACCGACAGAAGAGAAGGAACUUUAAGAAGCAUGACAGAUUGUUCAUUUAUGUUUCAUUAUGUGCCACUGUCUAAAUAGAAAACUCCAUCAGAACCUUGACAGUUAAACCCGAAAGUCAGCCAGCAAUGAGCAAGAAGAACACUGCUCGGUAUAAGUUUGUGUGGAAGUGGAGCGACAGAGAAUCAAUUGUUACGAUUUUAUGUACAGUAAUCAUUUGAAUUAUCACUUUUGAUUAAUUCAUGGUUUAACAUAUUUGAAAACCAUCUACUAACUACACUUUCUGUAAAAAAAAGGACGUAUUGUGAUUUAUUGAGACUGAUA